CGUGGAUAAAGUAUAGACUCGCGUCUAAUGAGUUAGUAUUCACUCGUUGAUUUAUUCAAAUCGCUAGCGAUCGUAGCAGUAACCUUAACUUCGUGAAUAAUAACCUUUAUUAUACAUUCGUGAAUAAUCUUCUAAUAUAUAAAAUUCUCGUGAAGCGGGGUUAGUGGUUAAACUCCUCCGAAACGGCUUUCCCGAUUCUUAUGAAAUUUUGUGUGCAUAUUGGUUGUCCCCGCUAGAUGUUUACCUGGGUCACCUCUCAUCCAGCAAACAUCACGGAGUAGGGAUGAGAAGGAAGCCGGUCUCCUGUCUCAAUAUACAGUUUUCGGCCAUUUUUUUUUGGUUUCAUUUGUGGCUUAGAUUUGGAGACACCAUGCUUUUCCCAUGGACAACUAUAUGUGGCAUGUUCUCUCGUGGGAAAACCAUCCAGUUUGUUUGUGUUGGCUAAAGACGGACUAACCAAGAAUAUUGCACACUCUAUUGCGCUAAGAGGUUAAUUUUUUUUUCAACUGCCAUAAUUGAUAGUUACAAUAUGAGAGAAAAAUCUGGAUUUCUCCAGGUGGGGCCAAAAAAAUGGUUCUUUCCUAGUGGAUACAAACGUGAAGCAGAGCAUCUAUAUAAUUUCGUUGCAAGGCCGACUGAUGUUUUUAUUGUCACAUUUCCAAGGUCAGGCACAACGUGGACUCAAGAGCUAGUUUGGUUGUUAGCAAAUGAUUUGGAUUAUGAAACAGCCAACAAGGUUCUACUGGCGCAGAGGUUUCCUUUUUUAGAAUUUAGCUGUUUUGUACACAAGGAAGUCAAGGCCAAUCUUUUAAAAGUAAACCAGUUCGACCCACCCAGUUGUAAAUUGAUUGAAACACUCGAUUAUCCUUCUUGGAAAUACCUGGACACUAUAAAGGAGAACCGUUUCAUAAAAACUCAUUUACCAUUCAGUUUGUUACCAUCAAAUUUACUCAACGCUGGAUCCAAGGUUAUUUACGUAGCAAGACAUCCAAAAGAUGUUGCAGUAUCUUACUACCAUUUGAACCGAACUUAUGUAACACAAGGAUACGUAGGGGAUUUCAAAAAUUUCUGGAAAUACUUCCAAAGUGGUUUAGUUGCAUGGGGACCAUAUUGGGAGCAUCUCAAAGAAGGAUGGAGCCGGAGACAUGAAAAGAACGUUCUAUUCUAUUUUUAUGAAGAUAUGAAAAAGAAUCCGAUAGCGACUUUCAGAAAGUUGGCCACGUUUUUGGGAAAAAAUUAUUCGGAUGAAGAAUUAAGUAUUCUGGAAAAUCAUCUUAGGAUUGAUAAUUUCAAAAAUAACAAAUCAGUCAACAACGACGAACACAGAAACAUCGGUUUAAUCGCUAAUGGUGAGGAAAGUUUCAUUAGAAAAGGAGUUAUUGGAGGAUGGACUACUUAUUUCGAUGAAAACUUAUCUCAAGAAGCAGAUAGAUGGAUUGAAGACAACCUACGGAGUAGUAAUAUUGUGUUGCCUUAUUAAGAUUCAUCUAACUGUAUGUGAUAUAAGUGAUAUAUAUAUAUAUAUAUAUAUAUAUAUAUAUAUAUAUAUAUAUUAUUAAUAAAAAUUUAGUUAAUAGAUA